CACUGCAGCCUCUGUGCAGGGGUCCAGAGCAGAGGCCCAAAAGGGCCCUGGAGGGGCCCAAUGAAGACACUACUGACCAUCUUGACUGUGGGAUCCUUGGCCGCUCACACCACUGAGGACACAUCUGGUCUCCUUCGACACGUGAAAUUCCAGUCCAGCAACUUUGAAAACAUCUUGACGUGGGAUGGUGGGACAGCUAGCACUCCCGACACGGUCUACAGUGUGGAAUAUAAGAAGUACGGAGAGAGAAAGUGGCUGACCAAGGCAGGCUGCCAGCGAAUCACCCAGAAGUUCUGUAACCUGACACUGGAGACCCGCAACCACACCGAAUUUUACUACGCCCAGGUCACGGCGGUCAGCUCGGGAGGCCCACCGGUCACUAAGAUGACUGAUCGCUUCAGCUCACUGCAGCACACUACCAUCAAACCACCUGAUGUGACCUGUAUCCCUAAAGUGAGGUCCAUUCAGAUGCUGGUCCACCCCACACUCACACCUGUUCUCUCGGAAGAUGGCCACCAGCUAACCCUGGAGGAGAUUUUCCAUGACCUGUUCUACCGCUUAGAACUCCACGUCAACCACACCUACCAGAUGCACCUUGAAGGCAAACAGAGAGAGUACGAGUUCCUGGGCCUGACUCCCGACACAGAGUUUCUUGGCUCCAUCACAAUUCUGGCUCCCAUAUUGUCCAAGGAGAGCGCCCCCUACGUGUGCCGAGUGAAGACGCUGCCCGAUCGGACGUGGGCCUACUCCUUCUCGGGCGCUGUGCUCUUCUCCAUGGGUUUCCUCGUUGGCUUGCUCUGUUAUCUGGGCUACAAAUACAUCACCAAGCCACCUGUACCUCCUAACUCCCUGAAUGUCCAGCGUGUCCUGACUUUUCAGCCUCUGCGUUUUAUCCAGGAACAUGUGCUGAUCCCUGUCUUGGACCUCAGUGGCCCCAGUAGUCUGCCUCAGCCCAUCCAGUACUCCCAAGUGGUCGUGUCUAGGCCCAAGGAGCCACCUGGAGUUGUGCGGCGACACAGCCUGUCUGACCUCACCUACGUAGAACAGUCCAAUGUCUCCAUCCUUCAGCCUACCAAUGUGCCAGCUCAUCAGACACUGUCCCCACCAUCCUACGCUCCGAAGGCUAUCCCUGAGGUCCAGCCCCCCUCCUAUGCACCUCAGGCAGCCUCGGAUACCAAAGCUCUGCUCUAUUCACCACAGCAGGGGAUGAAGACUGGCCCUGCCACCUAUAACCCGCAAGAGAUUCUGGACAGCUGGCCCGAGUCCUAUGCUGUGUGCAUGGAAGACUCUGGCAAAGACUCCACCCCAGGGAUCCUCUCCAGUCCCAAACACCUCAAGCCAAAAUGUCAGCUCCAGGAAGACACACUUGUUAGAAACUGUCUCCCAGGGGACCUUUCUCUGCAGGAAGUCACCUCCUUGAGUGCUGAGGAGGUACAGAGACCAAAAUCACUCCCCCCACCGCUGGGUUUUUGCACAGACAGAGGCCCUGACCUUCACACACUGCACAGUGAGGAACCAGAGACACCACGGUACCUGAAGGGGACGCUGUCCCUCCUGUCCUCUGUGCAAAUCGAGGGCCACCCUGUCUCCCUCCCUUUGAACACCCAUUCCCUCUCAUGUUCCCCCGCAGAUGAAGGACCAAGUCCCUGGGGCCUGCUGGACUCCCUGGUGUGUCCAAAGGAUGAGGGUUCAGUGGCUGAGACUGAAGCCAUGCACCCCAUUGCUCCAGCCUCUGACCUGGAGCAGUCCACAGAACUGGACUCUCUUUUCAAAGGCUUGGCCCUAACUGUGCAAUGGGAAUCCUGAAGGAAGAUCAGAGCAAUCAGGCCUAGGUUUUCUUCUACCCCACCCAGUUAAAAACCCCAGACCCACUAAGCCACAGGUUCUAAGGCCCAGCCCUGGGUGGGUGCCCUGGAGAGAAUGAGAGGAAGAUUUGGGCCCCACAUGGGAAUACAAAUGUAUGGUGAAGACUAGUGAAGAAGCUACAGGCAGGUGGCAUGUGCAAAUGGCCUGUGCUACAGAGCCCAGCUGGCAGGACAGACAGUGGGGUAAUGCAGGGAAGUCUGAAGAGCCAUCCAGCCCCCUCAUCUAGUUUAACCAAGAGUGAGGUGUCCAUCUUCUCUGAAGGAUCUUGGACUGGAAGCUGGGGAACCAAGUGUAACAGGCACUUUAGCCGUAGCCACACAGAGACAAGACUUGAGGGUAGAAGGUGGUAGAGGCUCCCUUCCAGUCAGGGAACCCUUCUUUGCUCUGGUGUGGGUGCCUUCACCCAGGAGUGACUCCUCAAUCCAUCAGGGGGAUUGUGAGUGAUGUCACAUAAAACUUUUCUGCAGGCAGGGGUCCAGAGAAAAGCAUUAGAAAGGAACAUGGCACCUUGGAACCCAAAGGCUUUGGAGUCUCAGCCUGUCUGGGCUCACAUUUCCAGCCUCUUCACCUAUCAUGUACAGGGCAUCAAGCAAGUGAAUGAGCUCAGACCUCAGCCUCCCCAUCAAUGAAAUGGGUAUCAUCAUAUUUACCAUCUGAGGCGGUGCCAAGGAGGGCAUUCAUGUCUGGGAAUUGCUUUGUGGCGGCCAGCACAUGGGUGGGGACCACCACUUGGCUGCUAUCUCCCACUGGGAUUUUUUUUUUAAAUCUGGAAACACAAGGAGGGCCUCCUUCUGUUCACAUGGGUUCAUGGGCGUUUUCUCACGAAGUA